AGUGAUAGACAAAAUGUUGUGGGUCACAGCACUUUUCCUUUGGAUCUCCUGCUCCGCAGCACUUGCGGCCAAUAGUUCAUUAUGUCACCAGAAGAUGUCCUUCCCGUCCUGCUUCAAAUUCGGGGCUGCAUCAGCGGCAUACCAGAUCGAAGGAGCCUGGAAUGUUAGCGACAAAGGAGAGUGCAAAUGGGACCGCCUGACUCACAGGUACCCUGACCUGUUUAAGAAUGGUGACACUGGAGACACCGCCUGCAUGUCCUACGACUACUGGCAGAAGGAUAUUGACAUUAUUGCGGAAACAGGGAUGGAUUUUUACAGGUUCUCCAUCUCCUGGCCUCGUAUCCUGCCGACGGGUCUAGCGAACAACAUCAGCGUGGAUGGCGUGAACUACUACAACAACCUGAUCAACGGUCUACUGGCGAAGGGCAUCGAGCCCAUCGUCACUCUGUACCACUGGGAAAUGCCCCAAAUGCUAGAAGAUUUAGGAGGCUGGGCCAAUCCAGCUAUCUCAGAUUGGUUCGCUGCCUACGCGAGGGUAGUGUUCCGUUUCUUCGGAGACCGUGUGAAGACCUGGCUGACCAUCAAUGAGCCUAUCAUGGAGUGCGACUCGUACUACGGGCCGAAUAUCCUGAAGCCACCAAUAGAUUACUACGUGGGCCCCUAUCUCUGUAAUAAGAACAUCCUAUUGGCCCACGCGAAGGCCUACAGGGUUUAUGAUCAGGAGUUUCGCAAGUUGUACGGUAAUGUUGGAAAAAUAUCAAUUGCAAACCAUUUACUGUGGGUGAUGCCUUUGACUGAAGAUCUAGAAGACUUAGCAGAAAUAGCGAGACAGUACUUUACCGGUCGCUACACUCACGCUAUAUUCUCCAAAGAGGGAGGAUGGCCCAAAGUGGUUGAGGAGCAGGUCGCGAAGGUCAGCUUGGAACAAGGCUUCAAUGUGUCCAGGCUACCACCUUUUACAGAAGAUGAAAUCAACUUAAUUAGAGGAUCCUAUGAUUUCUUCGGCAUGAACCACUACACCUCGAGAAAGGUGCGUUACACAAAACCAGGAGAGGAACAAUCAGCAGCGCUUUUUGAGUCUAUCUACGAGUUUAAUGCUACCCUAGUCGGAGACCCGAGUUGGAAACAUGGAGAAGCCGGUUUUAUGUUGAACUAUCCCCAAGGUAUUAGAGAACAGAUGGAGUGGGUGAGGAAACAGUACGGAGACGUCGAGAUCAUGAUCACGGAGAAUGGGUACUCCACUGCAGGACUCAUGAUAGAUGAUGACGCGAGGGUCGAUUACAUCAGAUCGUAUUUGAGUGAGGUUCUCUUGGCCAUCGAAGAGGGUAUCAAUGUGACUGCAUACACGUACUGGUCUCUGAUGGACAACUUCGAGUGGACCAGUGGAUAUUCGACAAAGUUCGGUAUAUACCAAGUGGACUUCACAGACCCUGAGCGCACGCGCACGCCGCGUAAAUCUGCGCGCUAUUACGCGGAUAUCAUCAAGAAUAGAGUCCUCGCCGCCCUAUCCGCGGUGUGGUCCAUUGACCUCACUUUUCCACCUGGAUUCAAGUUCGGGGCAGCCACUGCUUCCUAUCAGGUCGAGGGAGGAUGGAAUGAAGAUGGUAAAAGCGAGAGUAUAUGGGAUCGCUUCGUGCACGACGAUCCGACCAGGAUCGUAGACCUGAACAAUGGAGACGUCGCCUGCGACUCCUAUCACAACUGGAGGAGGGACAUUGAGAUGGCAGAGGAACUUGGAUUGCACUUUUAUAGGAUCUCCCUAUCUUGGCCGCGUAUACUCCCGUCUGGUUUCCCCAACCACGUCAACGAGGCUGGUAUAGCGUACUACAACAACCUGAUCAAUGGGCUCCUGGAGAAGGGGAUCGAGCCUCUAGUCACGAUAUACCACUGGGAUCUGCCGCAGUCUCUUCAGGAUCUUGGUGGUUGGGCGAAUCCCCUCAUCGUAGACUGGUUUGAAGGCUUUUCGAGGGUGGCGUUCACUCACUUCGGCGACCGCGUCAAGUUUUGGGUAACCAUCAAUGAGCCCUUAAUCGUCUGUGAUGGCGUUUACAACGCUGAAACAUUCGCUCCUGCCGUCAAAAGCCCUGAAGUUGGGGCUUACUUGUGCAAUAAGUAUGUGAUGCUAGCCCAUGCUAAGGCUUGGAGGCUGUAUGAUAAGGAGUUUAAACCUAAAUAUCAUGGUAAAGUGUCAAUAGCAAAUCAAAUAAUUUGGUAUGAGCCUACAUCUCCAGAGCACGAGGAUCUUGCAGAACUGGCUCGGCAGAACAUGGGAGGCAGAUACUCCCACCCCAUAUACUCGAAGGAGGGAGGAUGGCCACCGACCAUUGAGAAGGUUCUAGAAGAAGUCAGUUUGAAGAGAGGAUACCCAAGGACACAGCUACCUCCGUUCACUCCGGAGGAGAUCGAGCUUGUUAAAGGAACCUACGACUAUUUCGCGUUGAACCACUACACCAGUCGUCUGAUCCGGCCGGCGAAGGAGGGUGAGCAGUUCACAACGUGGCCGCUAGGUGACGCCAUCGACCUGAACGCCAUCAUUGAGAGGAAGCCGGAGUGGACGCAAGCUGCUUCUUCAUGGUUCUUUGUAAAUCCAGAAGGUCUGCGCAAGGAACUGGUCUGGUUGAAGCAGCAGUACGGAGACUUGGAGUUUAUGAUCACAGAGAACGGGCUGGCGACCAGAGGGGGACUGGAUGACCAGGAGAGAGUUCUGUAUUACAGGGACUAUUUGGAACAGAUUCUGCUAGCGAUCAAAGAGGACGGUGUCAAUGUGACAGCGUACACUGCCUGGACUCUCAUGGACAACUUCGAGUGGAUGGAUGGAUACGGGGUAAAGUUCGGUCUCUACGAAGUGAACUUCACAGACCCGGCACGCACGCGCACGCCGCGUGCGUCUGCGCAUUACUACGCUAACAUUAUAAGGGCACACUCUCUCGAUGUACCUAUGAUACGGAACAUAGUUUGAUUAUUUAAGUAUUUAUUUAUGACAUGUACCUAAUAUUAAAUUAAAGAAGUCUUUAAACACC